AGGACCGGCCGGCGGCGGGGCCUGAGGUGGCGACCAUGGCACCGGCUGCGUCGAGGCUGCGGGCCGAGGCCGGGCUUGGGGCGCUCCCGCGGCGUGCGCUCGCCGCGUACCUGCUGCUCCUGCGGCUCCACCCGGUGCUCACCAAGGCGGCCACCAGUGGCAUUUUGUCAGCACUUGGGAACAUCCUGGCCCAGAUGAUUGAGAAGCGAAAAAGAGAAAACUCACCAAAUCUAGAUGUCACUAGGCCUCUCAGAUAUGCGGCUUAUGGUGGCCACAGUGUCCAGAGCCAAGCCCCUUUCACAUACACACAUAAGGAAUGGGAAGAGCAUGUCAACUUUGUGACCAAGAUGAGGAGCAGCUUCUGGCCAGCUCUGCAGACGAACUGGAAAGUGUGGACACCCUUGCACUUCAUUAACAUCAGUUAUGUCCCUCCACAGUUCUGGGUGCUCUUUGCCAACCUGGUGGCUCUCUUCUGGUACACCUACCUGGCCUCUCUGAGAAAGUGACAAUGGCCUGGGGAGGACAUUGUGUGCACUGUGAGGGACAGAGCCGACCCAGUUGGGACUUUAUCUGACUACAUGUGAUUCAACAUGUCAUAAAGUUAUAGAUGAUGAAGCAAAAAUCUCUCAAUGUUAGAAUCUUGCUGCUGACAUCACAAACUCAAACCGUGAUGGAUACAAUUAGGAUCACAUAAACUAAUGUAGCUUCUUUGGUGAUGACUUUAAAUUAAAUUAAAACUUCUGAGAAAUUCUCAGAAUUUAUUCUUUGUUGCUUUGUAAGAAAAAGGUAGUCAGAUUUGUGUGUGUGUUUGUGUGUUGUGAA